AUGCCCAUCACAGAGGAGAUACAUUACGUAUUUCUACCAGUGCCACGGAGGGCUUCACCCCGCUGGCUGCGAGAUUACGCCUCCACCGGAUGCAGCUCAACGGCGUCCCCUCCUUCGAGAACGACGGGAGUGUGGUGUUUAGACCCUACGUCGAGGUGUGGAACCACGGGGAGCUCAUCUACACCUCUUUGGGCACCACACUGCCAGGCGGUGGCAGCAGCAGCGGUGCAACUGCGGACUUGCCAGCAGGGUACUCCGCCUCGGACUCCUGCGUCUCCUUCCAGUUCCCCUGCAUCUACGCAGCUGGGGACGUGCUCAUCCGCGUGCGCCACGUGGCCGCGGACGGUCAGAAGGACGGGACACGGCGCUUCGCCUCGCCUUCCACACGGGCUUCGUGCCGGAGGGCCUCCAGCUCGCGAAGGCAGAGCUGGACAGCGCGUGCGACGACGACCGCUUCUCCGAGGAGGGGACUUUUUCCUCGACCUCGUCUUCGAGCCAGCGGACGAGGAGCCCGCGGCGCCGCUGCCGGUGUUCGCCAAGGCGCGGGAGGCGUCCGCGAAGCUGCGGGAGGAGGCCGCGGCGAGGCAGGCCGACGCUGCGGCCAGGCGCGACGUCGAGGCAGAGCUGGAGGAUCCAGAGACCCUGCUGCGGGGGGGCGGCGGCGCGGCCUCCAAGGGCGCCGGCGGCGCCGCCCCCGCCGGCGGCAGCGGUGCCGCGGGCGGGGCGGAGCUGCGCGCCGCGCUGGCCGCGGCGGCGGCGGACGACAGCCCAGCGGCGGCCGCGGCCGCCCCCGUCGCCGGCGUGCCCGCCCCCGCUGGUGCGCAGAAGGAGGACAGGGCGCCGGCGCCCAGCGCUCCCAGCAACCCCGAGGCCGCUCCGGGCGGCGAAGAGCGGGCGGCGGGCGCGGCCAAGGGGUCCCAGAACGACAUCGACGACUUGCUCAGCGACUUCGACGCGGCCCUCGCGUCUGUGGGAGGCAGCGGCCCCACCGCCAAGAGCAGUGACCCGCCAGCUGCUGCAGAUGCAGGCGCGGCUGGCGCGGCCGCCGCUGUGUCGAAGAAGCCCGUCGCCGCGAAGGCCGGCGGCGGGGACGACGCACUCGCCGACUUCGACGCCUUUCUGAAGGACUUCAAGGACUUGGACGGGUAG